CGCGCUGGAGAUUGUAUACAAAACUGUUCAAUACUUUUUAAACAGCUUCGCCGCGUGUGUGUUUCCAAGUUUAAUUAAAAAACAAAAAUAAUAUUAAUCCUAAAAUACUUAUUUGUAAACAAAAAACAUCAACAAAAUUAAAAGCACAAAAAUCAGUGAAUAAACGUGUAGUAUCAUCACUGUUGUUGCUGCCGCUCUGGUCCAAUUUGGUUCUAUCGCAAAGAUCUACCUCAUCUUUAGUACAAGGAUCUCUUUUGAAAGAAAAUACCUUCAACCAUACUGCAUUAUUAAUAAAUAGAAAUUUAAGCACAAUGCCUGAGAAACGUGUUGCACCUGUCAUUAACAAAUUCGAGGAUUUCGAAUUGAAAUUACCCGGUUUUUUGAAUCCAAACAAAACCCUGGCCGUCCUUUUCGAUUAUGAUGGCACAUUAGCACCCAUCGCUGACAAUCCCAACAAAACUGUUAUGCCCGUAGCCACCGAAGUAAUCUUAAAUAAAAUCGCUAAACAUCCAAAAAUUUUCCUGGCCGUUAUUUCCGGCAGAGGCUUGCGCGAUGUACAAACUAGAGUGGGCAUUAAUGGUAUAAUGUAUGGCGGCAAUCAUGGUAUUGAAAUUGAGAGUGCCGAUGGCAGCAGACACGAUUACAAACUGCCUACUGAAGUCCAAGAGAACUAUGCCAAACUUGUUAAGGAAUUGAAGGAAAAUGUUGAGAAAAACAAGGCUUGGGUGGAGGAUAAGAAAGUAUCUUUAACAUACCACUAUCGUGAUACGCCUAUGGAUAUUAAGGAAUCCCAGAAACAAGUGGCCAUUAAAAUUAUUGAAUCGUAUGGUUUCAGAGCCAAUCAAGCUCAUGAAGCUAUUGAAGCUAAGCCUCCAGUAAACUGGAACAAAGGUGAAGCCGCCAUGUUUAUAUUGAAGCACACAUUUGGCGAUAACUGGGCUGAUGAAAUUAAAGUUGUAUUUGCUGGUGAUGACACCACCGAUGAAGAUGCCAUGAAAAAACUCCAAGGUUUGGGCAAAUCAUUCAGAGUUUCCACAGAUCCCGAAAUUCAAACAUUUGCCGAUUUCCGCCUAUCCAGUCAAGAUUUAGUUAGUGAUCUUUUGAAAUGGAUUUCUACCGCAUAUGGAGUCUAAUUUAUUAAUUAUUUUUUAUCUUAUUGUUUAAAUAUUGUUAUUAUUACUGUUAUUUAAAUAUUUUAUAUAAACAUUACACACAUACAAUUAUACCUACAUACAUAUAUAUUUUUUAAUUUCUAGCUCUUAAGUGUAACCAUUUAUAAAAUUAUUUUAUUUCUUUUCUUUUUUCCUUCCUGUCUUUCAAAUAUGUAUGUAUGUAUAUCAAAUACUAUAGCAUAUCCUUUUGCUCAAAUGGUACAACAUUUUUAGUUACAAUUAUAGAAAAUUUCAUUAUUAAUUACUUGUUCCUAAAAUGACAAAUAAAUAAUAUGAUUUCAUAAUAAAAUAGCUAAUUGAGAUAUUAGAAAUUUAAAUAAAUAA